GAGCAUAAUGGGUUCAGUCACCAAAAUCUGGCCUUCUUUUAUUAGCGCCAAGACCACACGCUCGCUGCUUUGGAUCACUUCAGCCGAAAAAGUCGCCGAACACUGUCGAGCCGGUGUAUCCGUAUGGUCCGAGUAUAGCACAGAUGGCGUUAAUGUUACGGAUUUCAUGGUGCUUGGUCGGACCCAUUCGCAUAGAUUGUCCCAAGACGAAUUCGAGGCUAUUUUCACACUGGGGAAACUCAUCAUUUUCAAUUUCUAUGGAUAGCCUUCGGCCAUCCAGAAUCUUGCUUAUGAUCGUGUCAGUGGCAGACGCAUGUCUGUGCAUGGAUUCAGCGAGGAGGGAACCACCACUACUCCUUUCCGAAUGCUUACGGCGACUGGAUGCUCAAGAUAUGUGCUUGCUAUUGACGCAUUACAUAAAGGUCUGUCGAAUCAUCCGACGGUCAACAUCAAGGCCCGUACAUUGAUUUCAAAUUACCAGCAUGCGAUCCGUCAGCACGAAAAGUACAUUGAAGAAUACGGGACAGAUCUGGAAGAGUUAUCUCAAAACCCUCAUUUCUAAAUGUUUAUAACGAAGCAACAAUAGCAGCGAGUUUAGCUGCGGAUUGGUGUUUUACGUUUGAAAUCAGCAUAUUUUUUUUUCAAGUUUCAAGAAU